AUGUCUCAACAAGGUCAAGUAUUAAGUACACAUGUUGCUGGUCGAGUUGUUAUGAAAAGUUAUUUAUCUGGUAUGCCUGAAUGUAAAUUUGGUAUUAAUGAUAAAAUAACAGUUGAAAAUCGAACUAAAAAUCAAACAGAUACAUCAACAAAUGGUUCAAUAAAUCCAUCAUCAACAACAGCAACAACAACAACAACAAAAACAGCUAUUGCCAUAGAUGAUUGUCAAUUUCAUCAAUGUGUUAAAUUAUCAAAAUUUGAAUCUGAACAUGCUAUAUCAUUUAUUCCACCUGAUGGUGAAUUUGAAUUAAUGCGUUAUCGUACAACAAAAGAUAUUAGUUUACCAUUUCGUGUUAUUCCAUUAGUAAGAGAAAUCGGUCGAACGAAAAUGGAAGUUAAAGUUGUUGUUAAAUCAAAUUUUAAACCAACACUUAUUGGUCAAAAAAUUGAAAUACGCAUUCCAAUACCACCAAAUACAUGUGAUGUACAAUUAUUAUGUAUGAAAGGUAAAGCAAAACAUAAAUCAUCAGAUAAUGCUAUUGUAUGGAAAAUGAAACGUAUGGGUGGAAUGAAAGAAUCUCAAUUAAGUGCAGAAAUUGAAUUAACACCGAAUGAUAAAAAGAAAUGGAAUCGUCCACCGAUAUCAAUGAGUUUUGAAGUACCAUUUGCACCAUCAGGUUUUAAAGUUCGAUAUCUUAAAGUAUUUGAACAUAAACUUAAUUAUUCCGAUUCUGAAACUAUUAAAUGGGUACGAUAUAUUGGUAAAAGUGGUUUAUAUGAAACAAGAUCUUAA